CAUGCAUUAAAUUGGUAUAAAAAGCCAGAAACGCUUUCGGUAAAGCAUUCAGUUUCGAACAUUAACUGUUAACGAACACAACGACCAAACAACAUAACACCUUUCAACAUGAAGUUUAUCUGCAGUCUUUUAAUCCUUGUUGGAGUUUUUGCUCUUAACGAUGCUUCAAUACCAUACGAAGCACAAAUGAGAAUAGUUAAAGACAAAAUGAGGUUGGCAGAUUUGAAAAAGAUGGCAUUGAACAGGGAUAUGAGUAGUUCAAUUCAAUGCUCUCAAGACCUUUUGGCUAUUCUUACUGAAAUAUUGGGCACUUACAAUUCCGACUUAGAUAAUUGUAACAAAACAAAGACAGAAGAAAUAGAAGCUCAUAACGCUGCCGCUAGAAAACGGGUUGAACAAUUUAGUGCAGACACGCAGAACACGUGCGAUUCUCUCAAUGCGUGUAAUGAAUUGGAUUCAAUUGAAGCCAUUUUGUUAUGCUAUGAAUCAGAAAGUUCUCAAAGUGCAAGGACGCUUACAGCCGUUUCAAACGAAGCUACAACUGCUAAAGUUGAACUGCAGAAAAAUAUUGAAAACAGCAACGGCAAAGAGGAUAUCUGCAAGACCAAAGCUUACACCGAUUACAGCACAAAAUCAGACAAGGCUAACGAUGAUUUCAAUAAUUGUGUGAACAAUAAAAAUGGUAAUAAGCCAACCACUACCACAACUACUACUACAAAAGCACCUGCUCCAACACCACCCGCUGAAAACGGAGAGCCAGCCAGUCGAGGAGGACGUCAAAAUAGACACCAUAAAAAUAUGGGAGUUUAAUCCUCAAUUAGCUAAUACAUCAAAGUUAUAACACUGAAUCGGUUCUUCAGCUAGAUAGAG